UUGAAACAGCAUUGCGCUGAGUUUUUUUCUCCACCAUGACGGGGUUUGUCACUGCAGUUGUCUUCUUAACAGGUACCGUUUGUACAUAAGUUUUUUUUUUUCAGUCUUCGGAAGUCAAAGGGAAUUGGAAUGGAUGAAUCCCCCAACCAUCUUCGUAUCAGUGGUCACAGCACUGAGACCUGCUGACGAUCACCCAUGCUACCGACAGUGUGACUUCACCACUCCGAUGAUCUGCACGUACAACUGGACGGUGAACUGGUAUUAUGCGCUUUCAAACCAGUGUGGAAGGUGCCCAAACAUCACAAGCGACUGUUCUAACGACCAGUGUUUCCCAGCUGAUGGAGUUCAACGAGCCGUCAGCCUAAUAAAUCGAGUAUUCCCAGCUCCAAGCGUUCAGAUCUGUAGCGGUGACGAGGUUGUCGUCAGCGUCACCAACAACUUGCAGAACAACGAAGGGGUAACGAUCCACUGGCACGGCAUCUUCCAGAACGGCAGCCAGUUCAUGGACGGUCUGCCCAUGGUGACACAAUGUCCCAUCCCCUCCCCCGGCAAUUUCGAGUACCGCUUCACGCCUUACGAGCCCGGCACCCACUGGUUCCAUUCCCACACCGGCCUGCAGCGCUCAGACGGGCUGAUGGGUCCGUUCAUCAUCAGGGAGAGCAGACGGACCGACCCUCAUGGGGACUUGUACGAUCUGGACGUGGCUGAGAAUGUAAUCUUUCUGAACGAUUGGCAUCAUGACACCUCGGUCAGCGAGUUUGCGAAAAGUCAAUGGGGCGGUGGUUCACGCGUAGAUUCAAUCCUGAUUAACGGAAAAGGAAUAGCACCGGGCAUCAGCCCUCCCCAUCCACCUCUUGAAGUCUUCAAUGUCGAGCAGGGUAAAAGAUACCGCUUCCGGGUCAUCAACGGGGCCAGUUCAUUCUGCAACAUGCAGUUCUCGGUGCAGAACCACACGCUGCUGGUGAUAGCCAGCGAUGGCGGGCCUUUCCAACCUCAGGCGGUGGAGUACUUCAGGAUUAAUGGAGGGGAGCGGAUGGACUUCGUGUUGAAUACCAACCAGACUGUUGACAACUACCAGAUCCAGGUCAUCGGGCUGCCGUGCGGCAACACCGUACCGUCCAAGCAGAUUGCAUAUCUGCGAUACGAUGGCGCCAACGACCCGCCCGCCAUCAACGAACUGCCUAACAUCACAACCUACGGGAAUUCUUCAACUUGGUGGCAAGCUUUCCCGGGCAAGUCUUUCGCUCAGGUCGACUCAGCAGACGCCGAUUACAGGUCAACCGAGGGGGCGGAGGAUCGUCAGGAGUACAUACAAGUCGGGUUUGGUAGCCGCCGUGACCCCACCACAAACCAGUUGAUGACCUACCCCCAGCUUAACGACAUCACCUACUAUUUUCCCACCUCCCCGGUGCUGAGCCAGUUCGGAGACCUCCCGGAGAACAUCUUCUGCAACCAAUCCGACUUCCCUCAGGGAGAGUGCGCGGGCGAGAAGUUGUGCUCCUGCGUGCACACCAUCAAUGUCGGCGAGAAAGAGAGAAUCGAAGUCAUCCUGGUUAAUUCGGAUGACUUUGGCGUCUUGCACCCGAUGCACCUCCACGGCCAACAAUUCGAGGUGGUUGCCAUGGAAAGGAUGGAGGGCGUUACAAUUCCGCUGGUCCGUGAGCUUCUCGCAAAUGGUUCCAUCUUACGCAACAACAACGGCCCCAGGAAAGACGUCAUCAUCGUCCCUGACAUGGGCUACACCAUCUUCCAGUUCCAGGGUUGGAACCCAGGCUGGUGGAUCUUCCAUUGUCACAUCGAAUUCCACCUCGAGAUGGGGAUGGCACUACUUUUCAAUGUCCACGGUGAUGUACCUCAAGUCCCAGCUGCUUUCCCCACCUGUGGCGUUUGGCCGCCGAGGGCCGACGGCCUGGGUUCUGGACCCCCCGACGAGCAGCCCUGCCAGGAGCAGCUCACCGGAGCGUCUGCCCUGGUCCACCUGGGCUGGAGCAUCCCGCUCACGUUCUUGAUCGCACUGGUGAUCGGCGUGAUUAUCGGCAACAAGACGAAGGACCGAGGGUGCCCGGGGAGCGGCCACGACAACGGCAGCGGUGGCGGGCCAACACCGGCUACCAAUCCUGCGGCAGACAUCGCCAUUUAAAAUAAGUUCCCGUUCAUUUUCCAGACGUACGAUUUUUAAUUACGGUUUGUUUAAUUCAAUCAGAUUUAUUUUAGUCGCACUAAGCGCUAGCUGUAAAAUUCACGAGCCUAUACCUUCAACCAUAAUUUGAACUAUAAUUGCUGGGAAUAUUUCGUAGGUGGACCUAAAAAUAUUACUAAGUUCAAAAACAUCCAUUGAAUAAAAGAUAGCUGGGAUAAGGCGAGCAAAGUGCACGCUGGUGUCAUCCCAGUUAAUUCAGGAUUCUAGAUUCAGCCAAGCUCACUUGACACACCUUGUCAGCAAAGGUUAUAUGAGACCUUAGAAUCUUUCGCAAAUGUAGAUGAUUCCUGUAAGUUUAUUCCUUUGAAAUUUACAUAAAACGUUCUGGCCU